AUGGCGUUUAAAGGCAUCAUCUUGUCGGCUGCAUACUCGGGGUUGGAGACCUACCUUCUCAGUAAGCAGGACCUCCGCCGACUGGAUGCCGUCGUCCUGGGCUUCGCGAGAGUAGUAUUGCGCGAUCGCAAGCCUGAGAUUAUAGAAGGCGCUCCAGACGGGGCUCGACUGAAGUACCGCUCCCUGUCCGAGAGCACGCUGCUGACAAAAAUGCGCAUCACCAAUGCCCGAGCAGAGCUGCUGGUCCGAAGGCUCCGCCAGUGGCAACGGUUUGUCGAGUAUCCCCAGGACAGCAGGCAGCCCUUGGUAGCGCUCUUCGGGACCUUGGAAGGCUUGGAGGAGGCCGACACCUUCCUGGAGGACGGGACGGUGAGCCCGUCCGCGAACCCGUGGGCCCAGUUGCUUCAGAAGGACCUUCAGGCCUUGCAGUACCUCGAAGGGGGCCCCGAGUUCCUGGCUGAGUACACGGUUCGGGACAUCUUCACGAGGGACAUGGUGGGUAGGCUCUUCUGCAGGUUCAAUCCAGAGAAGCUCAGAAAGGUACCAGAGGUUCGAGGAGACGAUCCAGAGGUUGUCUGUGGGCAGGUGUUCUACAGCAAGGGGGCUCUGCGGGCGCAUCAG